CCCUCCCCUCAUCACCCCCAGUGUGUCCAGAUCCCGAAUCCAGCAGCAGGUGAGCAGACGGAGCACCUGGGUCCCUGUCCUCUGUCCUGGAGCACCCUGCUUGGGAGCGAUGGGGGACUGGAGCAUGCCCAUCGGCUCGCUGGGCGAGGACGUGGUGGCCCGGCUGUGUGAGCUGCUGGACAACGCCGGCCGGGGCUGGCGCAAGCUGGCCGAGCUGGCCGGGGCCGAGAAACGCUUCAGGUGCAGCGCGGAGGAGCUGGAGAUGUGCUCGCUGAAGGUUCUGGAGCCCCGUGGCAGCCCCACGCAGUGCCUGCUGCAGCUCCUGGCCGAGCGCGACUGCAGCCUGCGCUACCUGCUGGGCUGCCUGGAGCGCAUGGGGCACCACCAGGCCUGCCGCGUCCUCAGCGCCGCCGUCCAGGAUGUGAUUCGCAUCACGGUGCAGCCAGAGUCGCAGGUGGUGGUGGAGGGGACACAGGUGUCCCUGACCUGCUGUGCGACUGGCCCACCAGGCCUCGCGUACCAGUGGUUCUGUGGGAGGCAGGAGUUGCCUGGAGCCACAUCCCCAGAGCUGGUGAUCGACACAGCCACUCCUGCGGGCCAGCCUGAGUGGUACAUCUGCCGGGUGAACUGUGGGGCCACCUUCACUUUCUCCAGGUGGGCUCAGGUGCAGGUGGAGAAGAGCAGCAGCCCCAGCUCAGCCAGUGGCUACUGCCCGAGCAUGGCAGGGCUGCAGAUCCUGCGGCAGCCGCGGCCGUGCCGCCUGUCCGAGGGGGACACGCUGGCGCUGGAGUGCAGAGCCAUUGGCAACCCCCCACCCCAGUACCAGUGGUUCAGGAACCGGCGCCCCGUGGAAGGGGCACAGGCACCCCAGUUUCAGGUGAAGCUGGUGACAACAGCUGAGCGGGGCAGCUACUCCUGCCACGUGUUCAACCUCUUCCACGAGGUGUGGAGCCAGGAGGUGGACGUGGAGAUUGGUCCACGGCUCUUCACCUCUGGAGGCUCCUGGCAGGAGGGGGAUGGAGGCUCCCUAGAGCAUGGCAGCCCUGGACAGCUGUAUGCCACAGACAAAGUGGCGCUGCUGAUCGGCAACAUGCACUACCUGCACCACAAGCAGCUGCAGGCGCCCAUCAUGGAUGUUCACGCCCUCGGAGCCCUCCUCUGCCAGCUCAACUUCAAGGUGGUGUCACUGCUGGACCUGUGCAAGGCUGAGAUGCAGAUGGCCGUCGAUGAGUUCCUCCUGCUCCUUGACAAGGGCGUCUAUGGUUUGCUCUACUAUGCUGGCCACGGCUAUGAGAAUUUUGGCAACAGCUUCAUGGUGCCCAUCGAUGCGCCCAGCGCCUACACGUCAGAGCACUGCCUGUGCGUGCAGCGGGUGCUGCAGGAGAUGCAGCAGCGCCGCACCGGCCUCAACAUCUUCCUGCUUGACAUGUGCCGCAAGAGGAACCUCAAUGAUGACAUCAUCCCGCAGGUUGGGGUGCUGGAGGUCACGGCCAACAUCGUCUUUGGCUAUGCCACGUGUGCGGAUGCCGAAGCCUAUGAGCUGAGCCAGGGUGAGCUCUCCAACGGCAUCUUCGUCACCUUCCUCAAGCGCUGGCUGCUGGAGGAUGAGAAGAUCACGGUGCUGCUGGACAAGGUGGCUGAGGACAUGGGCACUCUGGAGAUCACACGGGGCCGACAGGCACUGGAGCUUCGCAGCAACCUCUCAGAGAGACGGGCUCUGACAGACCCCAUCUGCCCCCCGGGCCAGGAUGAGUCCUCUGCCAGGAACCUGCAGUGGGCCAAGGCUCAUGUCCUGCCGGAGAGCCGGCACCUCCGCUUUGACUGCGGUGUCACCGUCCAGCUGGGCUUCGCUGCCGAGUUCUCCAACAUUAUGAUCAUCUACACGCGUGUGGUGGCUGCCCCCAAGGACAUCGCCCAGUGUGAGGCCCGGCUCACUGAUAUUCCCGAGGAGCUGGAUGUGGACCUCAAGUGCGCCAACAAGGAGAGCCCAGAGGAGCUGGGCAGCCCGCUGGCGCCCGUCUGGAGCCUCAGCUGCCCCUCCUGCUGCCUCUACAGCCGGAUCUGUGGCUUGCAGAAGCUGCGGCAGGAGCUGGCCUUCACCGUGUGCCUGCAGUACCGCUACCAGGGCAUGGAUGACUUUGUGGAGGAGCGGCAGCGGGUGAACGUGGGGCGGCCGCUCAUCGCCAAGCUCAACCUGCAGUGGGCAGCCCCCCCGUCACCAGCCCACAGCCCCCUCUGCCCCUCUGCCCCCGGGAGCUGGGGGGUAGGGGAGAGCUCAUGGGUCAACACCCCUGAGGAGAACCUGAGCCCCGAGGGCCCCAGCUCCCACACCCCAUAG